UCGACGAUGCUCUGUCUACGUUUUAUAUAUAUGUGCGUGCGCGGACGUUAGAGAUAGCUUUAAUGAUCCUGCAAGCAAUCAACUGUCUGGAUUUGCACGUCGUUCACCUGAUCUCAACAGCCGUCGAUCCAAGUGUAGACUUUUCCACCCCAAUCUUAAGAUGCGAGCCUCGAGCAGCAACCCGAUGAACUGGUGGGCGAUAGUCCACCUCCUGAACAUAGUCGCCCAGAUCGGCGUAUGUACCACCGGGACGGCAACCUACAUCUUGAGUCCACCGAGUAGAGUUGACGACUCUAUGCCUUCCUUUGCUGAAUUCUGGAGCGAUUCGGAGACCAACAGAAGUUUCCCCUGGAUCUCCGGAGCGGUGGGUGCCUUCGCCACAUUUCUCAACAUUAUUUUGCUCGUCCUGCUAUGGAAAACCUACACCAUGAACCCACCGCAUCUGCCUGUCCAGAACAAUUCGUUCAGGAAUCUGGUCCUGGUCGGUUCCGUCCUCAUUGCGUUAAUCGCCGGCGUCGAUAUCACUCUCGCGGUCAAGGCCUUUCUAACCGGUCGAUUCGUCAUCGGCGCCGCUGCCGGCAUUGCCGGUAUUCUCUCUCUUCUGACAAUAUUCAUCUAUCAAAUCAAGCUGCAGAACAUACGCCGACAACGAAAGGAAAACUACGUUCUGGAACUUGCCGGGGAGGGGACAUCGGUGCACGCCAUCGCGCCUCCUUCGUAUACGUCGGUAGUCGGAAUUGCUAAAUGAACAAAAGGGAGCGGAGUUUGGGAAAGGAUACGGUACAGCCCCGGGUACGGGCAUGGUUAUGGGCAAGGGCAAGGUCAGGCGUAUGUAUAGUAUAAUUCGUGGGAUAUACAC